AUGAUGGACUCUGGCUCUGAUAUUGUGCCAGCAGCAAUCACUGAAGACGUUCAAACUCGAUUAAACACCCUUAAUUACGCAUCUUCUCUGAUAAAUAGUAAUGAAGCUAAUCUUGAUAAGGCCCGUCAAGAUUACCAAUCCCUAUUGUCCGAAGCUACCCAAGUAUUGUCAACUUACUCGAAGAAGUUGAAGUCGAGCAUUGAAAAGUCACGGCCUUACUAUGAAAAUCAAGUAAAGAAGAAAAAGUUGUUAGAGGACUUGCAACAGAAUUCUGAGGCCUACAGUACUGUUUGGACGGAACACGACAAGGCGGUGUCUAUUUUGAAAUCCUACAGUAUUGACGUUGCCAAGUUUGUCGAUGGGGAUGAAUCAAAGCUGGAAGUGGUUAACAAUGCUGUGCAAAGGGUUAAUAAAACCAAAGUGGAACUAAAUGAUCUUAAAAAGAAACACAAGGAUAUCAUUUCUCAGUGCACCAUUAUUGAAGAAAACCUUCGUGUUUAUCGCAGCCGCAUGGGUAUGGCUAUUCGUAAGUCCCAACCCUACUUCGACAUGCAGGAUAUCUACAACCGAAAGAUGGCGGUACAGUGUCUGCAAAAAGUAGGGCUUUGGACUACCGGCAUGACCCAGGGGCCAGCCCACUCGGCGAAGGAUGCAAAACAGGUGAUUGACCGGCUGACUGUGGAGGUGAAGUCGGCGAAAUUGCUCUAUGCGCAGACCAUGAACAAUCUGGAGGCAAUCUCAAACCGCAUUCAUGAAUCCCGUCGUCUCGGUCACUGGCUCAAUUCACCUCUCACCUCUCCACGAACCCACGGUGUCGGCGCUGAGGUUUCCAACUCGUCCAGUGAGAGGGAGGAAGUAGCUGCGACUCCGACGAUGUUGGAGGCAGGGGGAACAGAGGAGGUCAGUGCUUCUCUCUCCCCUCCCAGCUCUCCACGUCACACGCCCCCUGGUCAGGCCGACACCGACACAGAGGCGGAUUCUGAAGUGGGAGGCGGGCCAGCAUUCUUUGGAUCGUCUUACGUUGCUACCCUUCGUAAAUCAGCGGGGAAUCCUUUGCUCUCUGACGUGGUUUCGGCUCUCCAUUCUUGCUCAAUGGGGCCUGCAAUGCAGACCACGCAGUCGAAGGAUGAACAGACGGAUUCGCUGGCGCUGACGGUCAGAUCCCAGCAUUCGCGUAGUCAAAGCCUCUGA